AUGGAGUCCGGUGAUGUUUCCAAGAUGACUCCUCUCCUCAUGAUGCUUAUUUUCAAAGGUGAUCUCAUUUCAAGAAGAACCAUGAGCGGGUUUAAAUGGUCACUUUUACUCCUCGCCGUCAUUUUCUCCGCUUGGAGGCCGGUAACCGCCGGUACACUGACAGAUUUGGAGUUUGAGCGGAGUCCCGCCACUGUCAUCUCCUCACUGGGAAAACCUGUUACGAUGCACUGCUCCCUGAAGGGCACAGGGGGUGAGGAAGAGGACCCCCCUGAUGUGCUCUGGCUGAGAGACGGCGUGCCACUUCAGUACGCAGACACAAACCAGUUCCAAGUUCACACUGGCAGCAACAGUUGGACCAUCAUGAGCACGCUGAGUAUUGAGAAGGUCCAGCUUCCCGACAUGGGCUCCUAUCGAUGUGCUGUUCUCUUAGAAAGCCGGCAGAUUUUGUCUGAGGAGGGGAGCAUUCAGCUGGAGGGCCUUCCUCAUUUUUCUGUGGAGCCCCAUCACACGUCUGUAGUGGCCAACGUAUCCCUGAGCCUGAGCUGCGUGGCCCACGGACCUCCAGAGCCAGUCAGGGUCAUCUGGCUGCAGGACGGUGCACCUCUCAACACCCUGGCGGACCCGGUGGCCCUGUCACCCUCCACUCUCAACCUCACAGGUUUGAACAGGACCAGCACCUUCUCUUGUGAGGCUCAUAACCGCAAAGGUGUGGCCACGUCCGGAUCUGGUACCAUCACAGUUCUCCCAUCACAGCCUCAGAAUCUGAGAGCUGUGGAGAUCACUCAGACAAGCCUCCGUUUAUCAUGGCAGCCUGGUUUCGGAGGGGACUACCCGAUAAUCCGCUGCUCUGUUCAGGCCAAACAUUCAGGAGAGUCCCUCACAGCUGGCCCAGAUAAGAUGAUCCACAACCAGAAUGUGAACAUCCCACCAGCCACCCACCUCAUUGGGGACCUGGAGCCUCACAGCCUCUAUACUGUGAGGGUGGCCUGUCACAGCAGUCAGGGCCCAUCUGACUGGUCGCCCUGGGUGGAGCUGCGCACCAAAGAAGGAGUGCCAGAAAACCCACCUGUGAACGUGACCGCGGUGCUAAACGGGACAGAGGUGCUGAUGAUGUGGGAGGGGCCUCCGGGGAAGCUGAACGGAGACCUACAGGGCUACAUGGUGGAGUACAGCACCCCUGCCACCCAGCAGUUGGUUGUGGACACUGGAUUGGACACCGAGCUUUCAAUCAAUCUGUCUGUCCCGCUGACCAACGUGUCUUUUCGAGUGUGUGCCUAUACAGGAGCAGGGCAAGGACCCUGGACCCCCACACAGACCCUGACACUUAUUGCUCCUGAAAUGGAGGAAUUCAGAGGUCCGUCAUCGCCCCCGGCCUUUUCCUGGCACUGGUGGUAUGUGGUGAUGGCCAUUGCCGGCGCCGUGUCCAUAGCUGUGCUCAUGGCUGUUUACGUGGCCAAGCUGCGGCGCAAGGAGACGCGCUUUGGAGAGGCAUUUGAACCCAUGAUGGAGAGCGGAGAGCUGGUGGUCAGGUACCGUGCCCGCCGCACCUACAGCCGCAGGACUACAGAGGCAACAUUGAACAGCCUGGGCAUCAGCGACGAGCUGAAGCAGAAGCUCCAAGAUGUGAUGGUGGACAGACAUAAACUCACCCUGGGAAAAACUCUGGGAGAAGGGGAGUUUGGCUCGGUGAUGGAGGGGCUGCUGACUCAGGAGGAGUCUGUUCUCAAAGUUGCUGUCAAGACUAUGAAGAUUGCCAUCUGUACCCGCUCAGAGAUGGAAGAUUUUCUCCGUGAGGCUGCCUGCAUGAAGGAGUUUGACCACCCCAAUGUUAUGAGGCUUCUAGGUGUGUGUCUGCAGACUGUGGAGAGUGAAGGUUACCCCUCCCCUGUGGUCAUCCUGCCCUAUAUGAAACAUGGAGAUCUGCACAGCUAUCUGCUAUACUCGAGGCUGGGAGACUGUCCGGUGUACCUCCCGUCUCAAAUGCUGGUGAAGUUCAUGACUGACAUUGCCCGAGGGAUGGAGUACCUCAGCAGCAAGAACUUCAUCCACAGAGACCUCGCCGCGCGCAACUGCAUGCUCAAUGAGAACAUGAACGUAUGUGUGGCCGACUUCGGCCUCUCCAAGAAGAUCUACAAUGGAGACUACUACAGGCAGGGGCGGAUCUCAAAGAUGCCUGUCAAAUGGAUCGCCAUCGAAAGCUUGGCGGACCGCGUCUACACCACAAAGAGCGACGUGUGGUCGUUUGGAGUCACCAUGUGGGAGAUCGCCACGCGGGGCCAGACUCCGUACCCCGGGGUCGAGAACAGCGAGAUUUAUGAUUACUUGAGACAGGGAAACCGUCUCAAACAGCCUCCAGACUGUCUGGACAGCAUCUACUCCCUGAUGUUCUCCUGCUGGCUGCUGAGCCCUAAGGAUCGCCCAUCCUUUGAGUCCCUGCGCUGUGAGCUGGAAAAAGCCCUGGAAGAUCUGCCAGACCCGCAGGACCCCGACGAGAUCCUGUACGUCAACAUGGACGAGUCCUCCAUGGAGCUCGGGGCCGUCGGUGGUCGUGACCCCAUUGGGGGGCCAUCCCCUCUCUGCCUGAAGGGCCUGGACUCUGUGACCACAGUGGAGGUCCAUCACCCCAACCGCUACGUCCUCUGUCCCCAGCACGAGACUAACCGGGCCCUCUCUGACUCCCUGGAGAGCCUGGACAUGCCGGUGUCGUCCUCCACAGCCACGUUGCCUCUACAACCGUCCUGCCAAUCCACUCCCAACCCCACCCCGGCUCCGACGCCAACUGUGGAGCUGCUGGAGGACAGGGAAGCGUCCAGGAAAAUGCCCUGGCAGUGAUGAUUUCACUCUAAAAUAAAAAAAAAAAUGACAAGACUAGUCACUGCCAUAGUGUGCCACCCUUUUACCACAGUCCAAGAACGAGAUCCAGCCUCCUGCUACUGACUGUAAGAAACCUCUCGUGCCCCUGCAGACACGUUUUGCACAAACACACACACAGCCGAAGGCAUUCCAAGGAAGUGAAGGAUCGGGAUUAUUUCCUUUGCUAAAGCUCCCCUCUCUUCUAAAAUGAGCACAAUUCCAAGUGAGUGUAAACAUUAAUGUGUGAUCGCUGAGGAACACUGUUACCAACAAUAAACAGUGGGUGAACAGGUUUUAGAGCACAUGUUGUUGCCCACACACACUGCAGCACAAUCAGAGAAAAAUUAACUCCCAGGCAAUAAAAUACCAGAUCAGCACAACUACCUGAACACAGCAGAGUGAUCUCCUCCUCGUGAUUAAGCUAAAAAAAAAAAAAAAAAAAAAAAAGGAAAAAAAAAAAGAAUCAAGCGUCUCCGUGAAACCAGCUCAGACACUGCCAGACUGAACCUACAACUGAACAAACUCAGGAGCUUCAACUUUCCAGUGAGUAAGCGCUAACAUGGAGGACUCGCUCCACCCGAGAAAAAAACUGUUCCUCUGACGGAGAGAAACCUCACCCAUUCCUGCUCCUGAGGGGGACUGGUGGGGAGGAAAGGAAGCGGCCGAGUCUCUGUCACGGAAGCUAUCAUCUGGUGAAGACAGCUGCGUGCUUUCAGGUUAUAUUGAAGGACAGCACAAAGAUUUUUUUUAGGUUCAAAUCGGCGACAUUGCUGUUGUUGGGGUGAAGCGUCACAGCUUCACCUGUCGUAGCUUCACCACACAGGAAGACUUUUACCCAACAGAAUGAAAUAUGAAUUUAAAAGAAAAUCACAUCUGAAGAAGAAGAAGAAAAAUGAAAUUCCGCUGUGGGCUUUAGAGACUUGUAUGUGAAGCUGUUAUGAAUGAGGAACCUCCAUCUUAACCUACAGCAGUUUGUAUCACAGCCUAAUGUAGCGCUCUAACAAACCCCUGCAUCUUCUCACUGGGUUUUACUGCUAGCUGUGCACGAAGCACUGUGAGCCGCUUGUAGUUCACACUCUUUCCUCACUGACGAGGCCUGAUUCAGCUCGUCUACACGUCUUUGUCAUAACUCAGGAACCUGAGACUUUGCUCUACAGGGACAGAGGUACUAGUCAAAUCAAGAGGGUACAGAUAAUAAAAGGAAGGCAGGCGGACUGAGGGUCGGUACGGACAUGAUGGAGUUACCCGAGGCAAAUGGCAGGAUAAGCUCCUCACCUUUGUUUUUGGCGCAAGCACAGUGUUAUUACACAUUUUGUAAUUUUUUUUUUUGAUGCUGAUCUUUGUUUUUCUACAAUUUUGCACUAAUGUUUUUAUAUCAAUGUAUGUUUAUAAUUUGUAUAUCUUUUAAGCUUGUUUUAAAUUUUAAUUACCUUUCGUAUAUUCUCAGUCAUUCUGUAGACACUUCUCAUCCAAUCUCUUCACAUAUAACAACUUGCAUGUUCAUGAAGGCAGAGAACGGCCUGUGAAAGCGUCACGGUGUGUUGAACUCUAUUUAAGGGAGUCCUUUUCUUUUCCUUUCUGUAAAUGAGCGCAGACUUGGGAAACAUGACGAACCUCGUCAUCUGACAUCUCGCUGCCACUCUUUUAUUCGGGGGUAUUUUUGUUUCUCGAGGUUUAGCACUGUAAAUAGAAGUCUGUUACCAGCAGAGAGGCAGGAGGAGGAGGAGGAGGAGGAGGAGGAGGAGGAGGAGACCGAAAGCAGCAGCUGAAAACCGAAUAGAAGUGAAGAUCUCUUCCAGCCCUCUGCUUUGAGGACGUUCAGCUGCAACUUGGCAUCAUGCAUGCACUUAUUUUUAUAUGCUUUAGUUCAUUAUUCUGUCAGUGGAACAGACUUGACCAUAUUCCAACACACAUUUUGGGAGAACAGAGUUUGUUUAAAUUGUAUACAUCCAAGGUACUUAAUAUAUGGGGCAGUAUACAGCGGUAUGUCAUACCUGUAGCAUUACUGAAUUCCUUGUUUAGAGAGCGUGUACAUUUUUUGCAAUACCUUUGGUACUGUAUACUGAGUGAGCAGUAGUCCUACAUUGUUUGUGAACCACAGAAAGUAGUGCUGAGACUGAGGCACUGGUCUAAUUUGGUCUGUAUGAAUAAUCACCAUUUUGAAUGCAGAUACAGCUGCUGCUUUAAAAAAAAAAAAAAAAAAAAGAAAAGAAAAGAAAGAAGAUCUGUGAACAAAAAGAAAAACUCCAGAAAGAAAAAACUGAAACUCCUUCUUCUUGAUCACACUCACAACUUUACCAAGUGCCUUCAGAGAGCCAGUAUUUUUGCAUUGCAGUAGAUGUGUGUGUGGAUUGUGAUUCUCCUGGUGUGUUGAAUUGGGAGAAGACUGUACUAUAAUUGCCUUUAUAUUGUCACUGUCAUGAUUUGUAAACAAAUUUUUAUACAGUGCAUACAGUAUUUUGUAUAAGAAAUAAAUGUGUCCAUUUAUGAA